AUGUCUACUUUUCCUUACCCAGAGCCAGCUAACGCUGGAGGUUUUUCAUAUGCCCCGGGCUCCGAGGAGCGCAAGCUCUUGAAGGAAGCCCUAGUGGAAGCGGAAAAGACGAUCUUUGAAAUUCCAAGUAUCAUCAACGGCGAGAGAAUCUACUCCGGCCGUAAGAGCUCCCAAGUCAACCCUUGGAACCGAAGUUCUCCUUUGGCAGAGUACCACGAAGUCGACCGAGAAAUCGUUGAGAAGGCUAUCGCUGGAGCUCUUGCAGCCAGGAAGAAAUGGGCCAACCUACCCUUCAGCCAGCGAGCGGCCGUUUACAAGCGCGCGGCCCAACUUGUCGAGGGCAAAUACCGAUGGAAGCUCAUGGCCGCUACCAUGAUUGGACAAGGCAAGACGUGCGGACAGGCUGAGGAUGAUUGCAUCGCUGAGGUUAUCGACACCCUUAACUUCCACGUUUAUUUCUGUCACCAGCUCUACCAGCAGCAGCCUCCCAAACAAACCGACUCAGCAUACAGUAGCCUGGACUACCGUCCUCUAGAAGGCUUCGUGCUUGCUAUCUCGCCAUUCAACUUCACCGCCCUGGGUGCACACAUUGCUUUCACGCCGGCCAUCCUAGGCAAUGUGAUACUCUGGAAGCCGUCUCCUAUGGCCAUCUUGUCCAACUACCUUCUCUACCAGAUUUUUGAAGAGGCUGGGCUUCCCAAUGGUGUUGUCCAGUUCCUACCAGUAGCUGAUCCCAAGAUUGUGGUGGAGCCCGCGCUCGCUAGCCGGGACUUCUCUGGACUUCACUACACCGGCUCCUCAGCCGUCUUGAGAAGCUUGACCUCCCAAAUCGGCACUAACACCGCUACUUACAAGACGUUCCCCCGCAUCGUGGGAGAGAGCGGUGGCAAGAACUUUCACCUUGUCCACAAUUCCUUCGACGAUGUUGACUGGCUAGCGUCGGCCGCUGUCCGGUCAGCUUAUGAGUUCCAAGGUCAAAAGUGCAGUGCUUUGUCACGCCUUUUCGUUCCCAAAUCCCUUUGGGAGAAGGGUGACUUGAAGAAAUCUUUGUUGAGAGAAGCCGCCAAGUUCACACACGGUGAUGAUGUCAAACAAAUCCAUCACCCCUUAGGUCCCAUCGUGUCCGAGGCGGCAUUCAAUCGCUUUGGUGAAUUCAUUCAGCAGGCAAAAAAGGACGGUCAUGAGCUCAUUUACGGCGGCAAGCAGGACGGGAGUAAGGGAUUCUUCCUCCAGCCUGCCAUCUUCGAAGUUAACUCGUCCGACCAAGGUGGUGAGAGCGACCUCAUGACCAAGGAGAUAUUCGGCCCUUUGUUUGCUGUCCAAACCUACGACGAAACCUCGCCAACUGGCUUUGAGGAUGUUUGUGACCUUAUUGAUAGGACCACUGAGUAUGGGCUGGCAGGCGCCGUAUUUUCUCGUGAUAGAUAUGCUGUUCAAACCGCCUCCAACAGACUAAGGGACUCGGUCGGCAUGCUGGUCAUCAAUGACAAGUGCACUGGAGCCGUCAUCGGUGCCAACCCCUUCGGAGGUGCUCGAUCUUCGGGCACAAACGACAAAGCCAACUCGGUCAAUGUGCUGCUUCGGUUCUCGAGCAUUCGAUGUAUCAAGGACUCUUUCUUUACCAUCUUGAUCAUAUCCAAUUUCGCCUUGCCUUCAUGUCUUCUGGUGCGAACAUACACCGACGCCUACUCCAUCAAGCGCGUUAUCACCACCGUCGGUACCGAAGAUUCUAAGCAGCGAGUCGAAAAAGAGCUGUCACAGCACUCAUCUAAACUUGAAGUGCUCCUCGCAAAGGAUAAUGUCCGCGCUGUCGAGCAAGCAGAUGUGGUCAUUCUGGCCUUCAAGCCCGUUAAGAGAGAGGAGGUCUUUGCCGCUCCCGGCAUCAAGGAGGCCUUGCGGGGAAGGUUGGUCAUCAGUAUCAUGGCUGGUGUCUCAAUCAAGGAGCUUAACCGACUAGCACUUGAGCAGGGAGACUCGAUCCCCGUUCAGGGUGUCCGUGCCAUGCCCAACAUGGCCGCUAAGAUUCGCCAGGCUGUGACUCUGUAUACGGUCAAUGAGACAUCAUUUUCUGAUAAGAACAAGGAUCUUGCAACUUGGGUAUUCAGCCAGGUAGGAGAGGCCCAGCAAAUUGCCGAGAGCAACUUCGACAUAUCUGCCGUGCUAGUCGGUUGUGCAGGUUCGCUACUCUUGCUGGCUGUCGACGGCCUGCUCGAUGCCGCUGUUGCCGAAGGCGUGAAGCGACCUGAGGCCACUAAUAUGGUCGUUAACAGUGCGAUCGGAAUGUUAGGAUUAGUCCCUGCUGGGAAUCACCCCAGUGUGCUGCGGGAGAACAUUGCUUCACCGGGAGGAUGUUCGAUCAGGGCACUACUCGAGUUAGAGAAGCUUGGAGUUAGAUCAGCAUACACCACUGCAAUCCUGGCUGCAGCCGAGAAGUCAAAGGGACUGUCAAAGUAG